CGACUGUGUCACUGUGGAAGUAUACAAGCAGAGCUGAGCUGGGCAAGUGCCGUGUGUGUGACUUCGUGGUUUAUUUACCAACCACCCAGCGUCCUGAACUAGUCAAACUCAUUGUAGAAUUGUUGCCGUGGCGCGCUCCAGCCUGCCGGUGAUGGAUGUGGAGCAGCACCAGUCCAGGACUACAUCCCAACCAACGGAACGACCAGCGAAAGAUGAUAGCAGCAGCAGCAGCACCAGCGCUACCGAUGGCGCGGGCAAAUCGCUGGGACCGGUCCGGAGGAAGUGUAUCAUGUGCUUGCUGCCGUUCGACGAGCUGGGCUCGAUCGAAACCGCAUCACCGGAAGAGCUGAAGCGGAUCGUGGAGAACGCGUACAAGAUUGCCAAGAUCGAGAUAACCCCAUCGAGCGGCAGAAUCGAACCCCUCUGCGGUAGCUGCCGUGCCAAACUGGGCUACGACUUCGACGAAGAUGCCUACUACGAAAUGCUUAGCCAAAUGUACAGCGAAACUAGUCCGCCGCAGCACCAGCAGGCCCUGGGCGUCAUUCCGGUGCACAUAGGGCUGCUACCGCCGGCCCCGGAAAAUCCCGACUACUCCUCCCCGGGCAGCCCCCUGCUAGAUGCCGCCUGUGGUACGUUCGUAGUUACCGAGCUCGGUCGGGACGAAUCCGAUGGCUCGGAUCUCAAAUGUGUCAUCUGUUCCAAGGUAUUCAACUUCAAGUCCACACUUCGGCUGCACAUCCGAAGUCAUCACAAUAACACCACCCUCCGUGAGCCGGAACCGCACAAAAUACCCCGGAAGCCACGGAUGUACGAAUGUACCGAGUGCAAUCUAAGCUUCAAACUGAAGUACGACUACGACAAACAUCAGGCCAUGCACAAUCGGUCCAACCUGUUCCAGUGUGACGUGUGCUACAAACUGUUCAAACACAAGUCCUACUUUCUGAUGCACCGGAAUGCGAAACGCUGCAAGGCGAUUCCGCUGAAUUUGAGUGCCGAUGGGGUCGGGGCCGUGGUCCGCAGUCAGCCAGGCCGAGGCCAGGGCAUUGGUACCCUCAAUGAGGGUAUCCGGAAUACCAGCUAGAAAGAUUUACCAUUGAAAUCUCUUUUAAGAACGAAACAAGCUUCCUUCGUUUUUGCCAUAACGACCAUACACACACACACACACACAUACACAUUAAAUGUACGUGUUUUUAACAAUUAUUAGCAUUAGUGAUUACCUACUAAUAGAUGUACUUGAUGCCGAAAAGUGCGGGUGGAAAACUAACCCAUACCAAAUUGACAAUGUUCCUUAGACUUAGUCGCCCGUUGUAAAAGGACGAACAGUUUUAAUUUAGUUUAAGACCCACCGUUUUUGUUAUUGUUUUAUAAUUUGUAAAAUCCCCCAUGAAACCUAAAGAUUAGGUUAUUUAUUUUACAUACGGCAAAAUCGCGCAAUAUUCCACCCGGCACGUCUUGGCAUCAACCACGAUUUCUGGUCUCCUCGUUUUAGUCAUUACUUGUAAACAAAUGUUAAACCCAAAAAAAAAGUCAGCUGCAUUAAACAACACAAUAGAAACCGGUAGAUUAAUUCAAACAAGCUUUUAGCGCAUAAGCCAGAUUACGACCGCGCUAUUUAUCAUUCUCUUCGGAAUUCCUAUGUAAAACACAAACUAAUUAAACGAAAUAAAAACUAAUAGUAUUCGAUUCUUGAAUAAGAUGGAACAGAAACCAAAACUAUAACAUAAAUCAACUAAGAAAGAGGAUAAUGCAUUUCCUAAUUACCUACAUUUCUAGAUGGAACAAAAACAAAGCAACUAUGUGAAAGAGGGAAGAAAUGUGUUUAUUGUGAUGAAACAAAUUGUGAAGAAACAAAACAGAAACUACAUUUAAACAAAUACUAGAUAUUAGGAUCCUACAUUUUAUCUUGAAUGAAAAUAUAAUGAUUUUUACAA